AAGGUGAUUUAUAUUCAUUUGUGUCCUCAACUUCACUUUUUACAUGAAACAUUUACGGCUCUACAAACGCGUUCAUGUUCACAUGUUAAUUAAGUGUCCUAAUUGCUGCUCGGUGAGGAGGGGAGUGAGGAAGAGGAGGAGGGGCGCGCGCGGGCCCCGGCUCGGCUGCAGAUGAAGCUCUCCAAACGCUCGCGCCGGGACUCUCAGGGAAUUCAUCCGAACCGCGCACGACCAUCGUCGGACUGACAUGAGGCGAUGUCCCGCGCAGGAGCCCAGAGCGCGAAGCUGUGUUGGCUGAUCCUGCUGGGCCUCUCCUGCCUGCGGGAGGCCGGCGGCAGAGCGGCCGAUGCGGGCAGCUGCCAUGAGGUGAAGACGGCGUACAUGAUGCGCCAGAUCGGCCCCGUGGAGCUGGUACCGGACCGGCCCGGAACAGGUGAGUCUCUUCAAUUAUGCCCUCACCCGGGACCCACCUGCUGUACCAGUAAAAUGGAGGACAGCUACAUGACGGCUGUUCGCAGUGAAACGCAGCAGAAGAUACGCUCGUACAGUUUUGAGCUCAAGUAUCUGAUUGCUGGACACACCAAGGCCUACCAAGAGACCUUUGAGUCGCUGGUGUCCUUCACGUCUGAUCUGACCAGCACUCUCUUCGACAGUGCCUACUCCACUCUCGCAUCUGACUCUCGACCUCUAGUGCUGCAACUGUUCAGCGACGUUAAACGUCACCUAUCUGGAGACCCAAACUCCUCCCUGGACACUGCUGUGCGCCGAUUCUACAAUGAUCUCUUCCCACUGGUGUAUCGGCGCGUACUCAACCCAGGGCUCGGCCACACGUCGCGGUCCUCCCCUUCCUCUAAUCACGACGACUGCCUGCGGAUGACUCGGCACGAUCUAAGCCCAUUUGGACCCCACCCCAGGCUCCUUACCAGCAGCUUGUCUCGCGCGCUCAGACCUGGGCGAGCGCUGAGCCAGCUGCUGAGACUUGCCGGAGAGAUUGUAAAUGCUACAGAGAAGGCGACUCUAUCCAGAGAGUGUGGGCGGGGCUUAGUGAGGAUGCAGUACUGUUCCCACUGCAGAGGACUGACACUGAUACGACCCUGUACCGGACUGUGUAUCAACAUAAUGAGGGGAUGUCUGCUUGGUGUAUCUGAGCUGGGCGCACCUUGGGGCGGCAUGGUGGUAUUGCUACAACGGUUGGCUGGUACUUUAGCGACCAGCAGCAACCAGAACAGCUUGGAGUUGGCCCUAUUAGCUGUCCGAAACCACGUGAAUGAUGCAAUACUCCAUGCACAACUGCAUGGACCCAAGAUAACAACCCUGGUUGAAAAGGUGUGUGGGUCCCAGGUGCCGGGUCCCAUGGUCUCCAGUGAACGUCCGUCACACUCGCAAACGACCACUCGUGAGACUUCAAGUUUCAAGAAGUCACACGUGACUUCAACUUCUUCCCUUCAACAGAGUGUGCAGUCCAGAAAGACUUUUCCACUGAAAGGUUCAGGAGGAGGUAAAAGUCGAAGCCUGAAAAAACUAUCAAGGGAAUUUGAGGGCUCUAUCCAGCGGUACCAGUGGUUUUUUUCUGAGCUGCCAGAGAUGCUUUGUGAAAGUGAGAUGGAGGUUGAGCAACAUACAUGCUGGAGCGGCCAGGAUGUUGUAGAGAGUUAUGCAGGUCAUGUUGCUGGCAGCUCAAUAAAAGCUCAGAGGGAGAAUCCAGAGAUGAGCGUCCGUAAUACAGAUGUGGUCUUGAAGCGGGCAAAACAGAAGCUGGAGAAGGUGACACAGGAACUGUUGGUGGAGCUCGGCUGGGCCAGCAAAGAGCCAGAACGGGGAGAGGAAGACCGCGGGGGAAGCGUGCAGACGAAAGACGGAGGCAGCGGAGAAGAUUGUGAUGAUGAAGAUGGCUGUGAAACAUCUGGUCAGGAGAGUGGUGAUGAAAUAUCCAGCGGGCACAGUCCAGAAACACAAGAUCUCGCUGCUCCUCCUCAGCUUCACCCAGUCCCUCCUCAUCUCCACUCCCCUCCGCAGGUGGUGGUACGCGACUCAGCCCCCCUCCUGACUUCUGGACCUCUGACGUCUGUCAUUCUGCUGCUAUUUCUGCUGUGUCCAUGGGCCCCCCGCUGAACAUGAGUCGACGGAUCCUCAGAGGGGAACAGAAAAGCCUGAACAGCAACUACGUUGUGCGUUGUUGAGGAGUGAUCCUGCAGUUUGAGCACCUCAUCUGCUCUGAUCGGUCUACCUGACGGGAUAAGCUGCGGAUUUUCCGCAGAUGCACAAGAUAUGCCUUUUUGUAUUACUUGUACUGACCUCCACAUGUGUUCAUUUGUGUUUAACUUUGAUCAGAUAGACUGCACAGUACUACUGACUGUAUUUUUUUUCUUUUUGAAGAGGAGUGUAAAUACAAAUAUAUAUAAAUUUUAUAUUUAUAUGAAGAAUUUGAAUAGAUAACAAUGUUUUUAUUUGUAAAUAGAGGUUAAUAUAGGGACAGAAACAACAUUUGCCGCAAACUGAAGCUCAAGUCACAAGAAACUGCAGGAAGAAGUCUUUUUUUGGAGGCUGUUUCACUUUGUGAGUGUCCAAAAAUGAUCCAGCUGCUCAAAUUCUUGUCUCAGAUUGAGUUAGAAUUGUUGGUUUAUUUCAAGCAAUAAUUAUGAAGCAAGUUUUUUUUGUCUCAAACAUCUUCUGGCAGCAGCAUAAAAGCUUCUACAAAAGCUUGUCGGCUUGUUGAUUUUUUCAGAAAAGAAGACUUUUAUCUUUUUUUUUUUUUUCUUACACUCAACUCUGUUAAUGCAAGAUUUUAAUAUUUGCAGCUCUGAAGGUUGAAGUUGCUCCACAGUCAACCAAAAACUAACCAAAAACUUGGCAUAAAGGAUCCAAUCAUGUGCGAAGUACUCACCCAGGAAACAGAACAGCCUUAAUAUAUUUUUUUAGUCUUAGAAAACAAAAGAAAAAAUUAGCUAAAUAUUUUUUCCUGAUGGUCAAAAUUCAGAAAUUGAAGGGCAACGGUUCUUUUUUUUUUUUUUAGUUCUGCUUCAGUUUUUCUUUUCUCACUAAAUAAUAACAGGCAACCGAAACAAGACAAGAGAGGCAAAAAGAACAACCAUCUGCUCAGACAAUGAAUAAUAUAACAUUUCGCUGUAAUAUGCAAAAGAUGAACUGUCAUGUUCUUUCAAAGACUGGCUAGGAACCAAACAAGACUGAAUAGACGAAAAAAAAAGGAAAAAGAAAUCCACAACAUGGCCAACAAUUCACAGCUUUUUAUUUUAUUUUUUUCUUUAGUCUUUUUGUUUUUUAUACAUUUUAAAUAAAGACAACACUUUGGGUGGUGGGAAUCAUUGAGGAAGCUGCAAACUAUUUCAUAUAAAUGAAUACAUCAGAAUUGUAAGGCUUUGUGGUAAAGUGUCAACCAAUCUGCACAAAAGCUCCAGAUAAAUACCUGCAAAAUGGAUGGAACACAUUGAGAAGGAUGUGAAUAUUUGUCACCUUGUAGAGUGCAAUCUAAAGCCUGAAACUAUGAAGAAAUAUAGUAAAACUGUCCUACAGGUAAUGGUACAAAUAUUUUAAAUCUGUUUGCUAGACUGUGACUGUGUCGGCCUUGCAUCAGCUGCAACAUGUUUUCAGGAGGAUCUCACAAAAGUUUAUUUUUAUAUAUUUUACAUCCUCAUUAAAUAACCGUGAUUUAUGUUUAAUAAGUCUAACAAAAUCCAAACUAAAUUAAUGUUAACUCUUGAGUAAAAGAUGUGUAUGAACUUAAAUUUAGUUUACCUCUGUUGGUCCUGUGUUUGUGUCGAUAGGCGCUGGUGUGCCAAGAACAAGCUGCCUUGGUUUCAUGUUAACACCGGUAAAUCUGAAUUUGAAGUGUUAAACUCAACAGGCGCCCUGCAAGCUCGCCUGUGGUUGCUUUUGCCUUCCUCUGUAAGCCACAGAGCUCCUGUAAGUUCCACCAGCCCACUUACUGCUAAACUUUGUCCUGCAACUCUGUUCUGUUUUUAAUAUCUUCAUAAAUAAAAAGCAUUUUCCAAAAUAA